AUGGAUGAAUGUUCGGGGAAUGAUAAGGUGGAAGAGUCUAUUGAGAUUUCUGAAAAACGUGACAGAAUUCCUACUGAGAAGGGUCUUGCGUGGAAAACUGAUAAUUACGUACGCGACAUUAGGUCUUUGAUAUCACGCUGGCAUCGUUGUUCUCAACAGUUAAAUAUACAUUUAUCAGACACGGAAGAUUCAAAACUCAUAGUAAAGGAACGCGACAAUUUAGUCAAUAUAAUGAAUGAGUUAAGCAAUAAGUAUACAGAAUUAAGUGAGUUACCACAAUGUGACGAGUUAGAUAAUAUUAGGCUAAGAUAUGAGUCAAUUGAGGCGGACCAUACUAAAACUGCUGAGUUAAAGGUCAAACUCAAAUACCUUGAUGUUGAAUCCAAAGCCAAGUUGGAAUUUGAUCGUGUUAAAGCCUUGAAGGGGUUGGAACUAGCCCAGGCAAAUAUGGAGGCUAUAGACGCUGACGUCAUUGAUUUUGAGGAGCCAUCCCGGUCUGAAGCAAAACCAACAUUGCCUUCAGUCGACCGAGACAGUUAUACGAAAGACUACGUUCUCGCACACACUGCUGUUAAAGAUGAAAGACUUGAAUCAUCUCAAACCAAUCAUCCUAUUGAACCUUCCAUUAAGGUAGAAAAUCAGGACCAGCCAGUCUUAGGUCUUCCUCGCAGACUUUCUAAUUCUACUAUCUCUAGUUCAAAUCUGAAUCCUUCUGUAAGUGAAUUCUAUCCCAAACCUGUACAUACACAUUGUGAGGGACCAGCAUUUUCAACUUCCUGUACCACGUCUCAUCCUAAAGGCCCAUUUUGUUCUCACAGAGAAACUUACUCUUCACAAGGUUUACCAGUUAAUGCACCGGUGCCUAGUUUUAACGCUGAACAAGGAAUCAUUGAGCUUGCUAAAUCGCUUGCCGAACAAGUUAGUCUAACUAGGUUGCCUCCCCCUGAACCUACAGUAUUCAGUGGAGACCCCUUGAAAUAUCCAGGAUGGAAGGCCGCAUUCCAGACCCUUAUAGAACACAGAAAUAUUCCUUCUUCAGAAAGAAUCCAUUACCUCAAGAAGUACCUGUCGGGCAAUGCAAGGGAAGCAGUCGAAAAUUACUUCCUUUUGUCCACUGAUGAAACAUAUGAAAAUGCCAAAAGACUACUUGAUGAACGUUUUGAACCAAAGCUGAUUUCAAAAUUACCUGAUUGGGUUGUUGCCAGAUGGGGUAGAGUUGUUUACCAGUGGAAAGAAGAUGGAAAGGGAUUUCCGAGCUUCAAGACAUUUGUUGAUUUUGUUGAUAAGGAGGCUAAGAUUGCAUGUGAUCCUAUUACUUCUUUGCAGUCCCUUAGAACAGAGAUGGCCCCUGAGGGUCGAGGCAAAUCUAGAGGUGUUGUAAAAACUGAGGAUCAUUUUAAAGGUCGUUCCUUUCUUUCAAACACCAAUGAUAAUAAUUCUGUUCAUACUGCUGGUAACUCUAGAAAUGCUAAGUUUAACUGUCCUCUUUGUCAAGCCGGUCAUGAACUUGAUUUUUGUCGCAAAUUUCUUGCUAAAACUGUAGAUGAGCGGAAGGAUUUUGCAAGAGAGAAUAAACUUUGCUUUGGGUGCUUAAGAUCUGGUCACAUCUCAAAGAAAUGUGAGAAUAGGAAAAAAUGCAAAACUUGUACUAAAUUUCACCCAACGUCUCUUCAUGGUUCUGCAGUUAACUUUAAAAAAUCCCAAUCAGGUCCUGACUUAAAGAACUCAGAAAAGGACAAACCAGAUGAAGGCAAUGACAAGAACCCUCAGUCUGGAAUUUCUUUAUUGAACAAUGCCGGUGCUCAUUGUAAGACAUCUAUGAUCGUCCCUGUAUUUGUAUCUCAUUGUGACUCUCCUGAACGUGAAGUGUUAGUCUAUGCUUUGCUUGACACUCAAUCAGACACCACCUUUGUUCUUUCAAACACUUGCGAUUCUCUUGGUGUUUAUGGAGCACCUGUGUCUCUUGUUCUUUCUACUAUGCAUGCAGAAAAUAAAACUAUUCAGAGUCACAGAGUCCGUGGCUUGGUUGUGCGGGGUUUUGAUAGCACCUUGAAAAUUCCUUUGCCAAAUGCCUUCUGCAGAGAUACAAUACCUGGAAACCGAGAUCAUAUUCCUACUCCUGAAGUAGCCAAACUUUGGCCCCACCUUGAAGAUAUUGCAGGGAACUUGAUGCCUCUUUCUGAAUGUGAAUUUGGACUUCUUAUAGGUUAUAAUUGUGCCAGAGCCCUUAUGCCACGGGAGAUCAUUCCACCGUCUGGAAACGGACCUUAUGGUCAACGCACAGAUCUUGGCUGGAGCAUAGUGGGUAUUGUCGACCCUAGUGAAACGUUAGACAACUCGGAUGAUUGUAUAGGUAUAAGUCAUCACAUUUGCACACAUGAAGUUUCAUCUGCUCUUAUUUCUGAGGCAAACAAUUUAAGUUCUGUUUCUUUCUCCUUUCCUGCAACUAUAAAGGUAGAAGGCCCAAUAGAUGUCAUUCGUAUGCUAGAACUAGACUUCAUUGAUAGAAGUGCCAAUGGUCUUAGUGUGUCACUGGAAGAUAAGCAGUUUAUGAGAAUCAUGAGUCAGGGAAUUCAUAAACAUGAUGGACAUUAUACAAUGCCUCUUCCCUUUAAAGGUGACCCUCCCUCUUUACCUUGUAACAAAGAAAUGGCUCUUCAGCGAUUGAUAAGUCUAAGGAAACGUUUCAGGACUAACAAAGAGUUCCAAAGUUAUUACAAGGUGUUCAUGGACAACCUUAUACAGCAAGGACAUGCAGAAAGAGUUUCAGAUUCUGAUGCAUUGGUAUCUGAUGGUCGAGAAUGGUAUAUUCCUCACCAUGGCGUUUUUCAUCCACAUAAACCAGGGAAACUUAGGGUUGUAUUUGAUUGCAGUGCAUCAUUAAAUGGUGAAAGUUUGAAUAAACAUCUUUUGCAGGGACCUGAUUUAACAAAUACACUGGUUGGAGUAUUGUGUCGUUUCCGUAUGGAAAAAAUCGCUUUUGUUUGUGACAUUGAACAAAUGUUUCACCAGUUUAAAGUUCAUGAAGCCCAUCGCAACUAUCUAAAAUUUUUAUGGUGGUCAGACGAUAACAUGUCACAACCUGUCACACUUCGUAUGUGUGUCCACCUGUUCGGUGCCACCUCUUCUCCAGCGUGUGCGAAUUUUGGAUUAAAACAAGUUGCAACAGAUAAUGAGUCAGAAUUUGGAAAGGAUGUUGCAGACUUCCUGCGGAACAAUUUUUAUGUGGACGAUGGACUCAAAUCAGUAAAGACUGAAAAGGAAGCUAUAUGCAUGAUUAAAGGCACUCAAGAGCUUUGCAAGAAAGGUGGUCUAAGGCUGCACAAAUUCACUUGUAACUCUAAGGAAGUACUACAGCACAUACCCUUAGAGGACCGGGCAAAGGGACUUGCCGACGUUGACAUUUUCGCUGAUUCACUUCCCGUUGAAAGAACUUUGGGUGUACAAUGGAACAUUCAAUCAGAUGCAUUUCAGUUCAAAAUUACAUUGUCAGACAAACCCUUGACCAGAAGGGGUAUUCUUUCUACAGUUUCCUCCAUCUAUGACCCCUUAGGACUUCUUUCUCCCAUAACUUUAGUAGGAAGGAGGAUUCUCCAACAAAUGUGUGCAGAAAACUUUGAUUGGGAUGAUCCAAUUUCUGAUAACAUUUACAUGCAGUGGCAGCAAUGGAGAGAAGAUCUGCAGAAUCUUAAGACCUUGCAAGUGACUCGUUGUUUCAAACCUGAUGAUUUUGGCGAUCUUGUUUCCGUGCAAUUUCAUCAUUUCUCGGAUGCAAGCACUAAUGGCUAUGGACAAUGCUCUUACUUGCGACUUCAAGACCAUGAAGGCAAAAUCCACUGUUCACUCCUUAUGGCCAAAGCUAGAGUCGUUCCUCUCAAGACCAUGACAAUUCCUAGAUUGGAGCUUACCGCAGCAACUGUUUCUAUCAAGAUUAGCAAUCUGUUGAAAAAGGAACUGCAUUAUGAAGCUGCAACUCACCAUUUUUGGACAGAUAGUCGAGUAGUGUUGGGUUAUAUUUCGAAUGAUUCUAAGAGAUUCCAUGUGUUUGUUGCCAAUCGUGUCCAACAAAUAAGAGACUUUUCUGAUCCAUCUCAGUGGAGAUACAUUGAAACUACACAAAAUGUUGCCGAUAUUGCUUCCCGUGGAGCAAUGGUUUCAGAGCUAGUCAAUUCCAAGUGGUUUACUGGACCUGAUUUCAUUUGGGAAAAAGAAAGCAUUCAUGUUACAAAGAAGGAGUUACAUGCAUUAUCAGAAAACGACCCAGAGUUGAGGUCAAAAUGUUUUGCAUCAGUGGUUCAGAUUUGUCCCUUUUCCUCAAUUCUUGAGCGCCUGGAAUAUUUUUCUGACUGGAAUCACGCCAAAGUAGCAAUUGCUUUGUGUCUACGUUUUAAGCGUAUGUUAAUGAACAGACUGGUAAAGAGACCAAAGCCUCAAAUUCUAAAUGUUGAUUUGCACGAGUUUCCAAUAAAGACUUACCAGCGCCCCACAGUAGAAGACUUGCGUCAGGCAGAAAUAGAAAUCAUAAGGCAAGUACAAAGUACUAGUUUUGAAAGGGAAGUCAAAUGUCUCCUUAGUCAAAUGUCUACAAAACAGUCUGCUAUCGGCAGGGAUUCGUGUCUUUAUCGACUAAGUCCAGUUAUUGAUGAAAAUGGACUCAUUCGUGUCGGAGGGCGUUUGAACAAUGCUUCAUUAAACUAUGGUUCUAUACACCCCAUCGUCUUACCUCGGAAAUGUCAUGUGACAAAACUGGUAAUAAAGUACUAUCACGAACGUGUACAACACCAAGGACGUGGCAUAACCACAAACGAAAUACGUGGCAAUGGUUAUUGGAUAAUUGGAUGUAGUUCCGCUGUUUCUGAUCUAAUCUUUCAUUGCACAGUCUGUCGCAAACUUCGAGGUUCUGUACAAGACCAAAGGAUGUCAGACUUACCAUUUGAUAGAGUUGAUCCUGCACCACCAUUUACAUAUAGUGGUGUAGAUUUCUUUGGCCCUUUCCAUGUUAAGGAAGGUAGGAAAGAUUUGAAGCGAUACGGUGUAUUGUUUACGUGCCUUACCUGUCGUGCUAUUCACAUUGAAAUAGCAAACACACUAGAUACUCAUUCUUUCAUAAAUGCGCUUCGCCGCUUUCUGUCUGUAAGGGGCCCAAUCCGCCAGUUAAGGUCUGAUAGAGGUACUAAUUUUGUAGGCGCUGAACGAGAACUCCGCGAAGCGGUCUCAGAAAUGAAUAAUGAUAAAAUUACUAAUUUCUUACUUAAAGAGGGUUGUGAUACCUUUUUGUUCAAAUUUAAUGUACCUUCAGCAAGCCAUAUGGGCGGUGUCUGGGAGAGACAGAUACGCACUGUCAGGAAUAUACUCUCAGGUCUUUUACAUAAUUUCGGAGGUCAGCUUGAUGAUGAAGCUUUACGUACCUUUGCGUGUGAGGUAACAGCAAUUGUAAAUAGUAGACCCUUGUCGGUCGAGAGUUUAAAUGAUCCUUUGUCUGCGGAACCGCUUACCCCUAAUCACUUACUUACCAUGAAGACAAGGGUCCUCCUCCCUCCUCCAGGGAAUUUCAUAAGUACUGAUCUAUAUACCCGUAGAAGGUGGAGACGCAUCCAGUAUCUCGCCAAUGAGUUCUGGAACCGAUGGCGAACAGAAUAUUUAAAUAACCUUCAGGUUAGAUCUAAAUGGAUCUCUGCCAAGCGUAACAUUAAGGUCAAUGAUGUGGUCCUAGUUAAGGAUGAAAAUAUGCCUCGUAAUAAGUGGAGAAUGGCUGUAGUAGAAACAGCAAACCCAGAUUCAGACGGUAUGGUAAGAAAGGUGAGCGUCAAAACAAAUGUUGUUUCCUUUGAUGCUAAGGGUAAAGCAGUCAAGUCAAUAACGCAUCUUGAAAGACCUGUGCACAAACUUGUAUUGUUACACGAAGCGCCUGAAUCUUAAUUACUGAUAGUGGGUUCAGCCCCGUCAAGGAGCCUUUAUUGUGUUGAGUUGACUGAUUUUUUUGUAAAAUUAGUUCCACACUAAUUUUGGGGAGCCAUGUUAGUGUAGCUAGUGAUGACAACGAUAUUUUCGAAUCAUUUCUAGAUGACAACGAUAUGGUUCCAUAUUAUUAGUUGUUGGUGUGAGUUGCCUCCCUUUGGAAACGUGCUUCGUUUUUUGGCGCUGUUUUCUUGCCAUCAUAUUUCGUAAAUCCAUAGGAGCGUUAUAGAGCCCAAAAGAGUUCGACGGAGACGUCGGAGAUCUUGAACGCAAAAUAAAAUCUCAACGAACAAACGUCUUCUGUCUACUCUAGGGCCCAAACAAGCCACAUUUACAUU